CGGCGGGCGCCGGACGGCCUCCGAGCCCUGCGCUGUAUCUGCCCUGCCCGCCGCCCGCCUCCGAGGGCGCCCCGGGAAGUGCGCCGUCCGCCGCGCGGCCGUUCCUCCGGAGAGGUUACCUUCCCAAGACCCAGGCCGGUGGGACUGGCAGCGCGGAGGCCGAGCUGGUGUCGAUGGUAUUUGCUACUGAUGGGUGUAAGCAAGUUAGAUGUUCUAUACCGUAGACUUCUCCUCACAAAACUUUUUAUCAGAGGAUGGGGAAGGCCAGAGGAUCUCAAAAGACUCUUUGAAUUCAGAAAGAUAAUUGGAAAUCGAGAAAGAUGCCAGAAUCUGGUUUCAAGUGAUUAUCCAGUAUACAUUGAUAAGAUGGAGGAACAAUCAGACUGUAAGAUUUUAGACGGACACUUUGUUUCUCCCAUGGCCCACUAUGUGCCUGGCAUCAUGCCAAUUGAAUCUGUUAUUGCAAGGUUUCAAUUUAUUGUACCUAAAGAAUGGAACAGCAAACACAGACCUGUAUGUAUUCAUCUUGCUGGAACAGGAGACCAUCAUUACUGGAGGAGAAGGACGCUAAUGGCCCGUCCUAUGAUUAAAGAAGCCCGAAUAGCUUCUUUGUUGUUAGAAAACCCAUACUAUGGCUGCAGAAAACCCAAGGACCAAGUGAGAUCCAGUUUAAAAAAUGUGUCUGACCUUUUCGUGAUGGGAGGAGCUCUUGUUUUAGAAUCUGCUGCUCUCUUGCACUGGUUAGAGAGGGAAGGCUAUGGCCCUCUUGGGAUGACCGGCAUAUCCAUGGGAGGACACAUGGCCUCCUUAGCAGUGUCCAGCUGGCCUAAGCCCAUGCCAUUGGUUCCUUGUCUGUCUUGGUCCACGGCCUCUGGGGUCUUCACUACGGGUGUAUUGAGUAAAUCAAUUAAUUGGAGGGAGCUGGAGAAGCAGUAUUAUACUCAGACAGUUUAUGAAGAAGAAAUAAUUCAUAUGCUUGAAUACUGUGGAACAGAUUCUUUCAAAAUGGGACAAGAGUUUGUGAAAUACUUCCCUAACGGUACAGACAAGCUAACUAACCUUAAGCUGGUUCCUAGAACUUUAAAUUUAGAUAUGAGAAAACAAACUGUAUCCCCAAAAUAUGUUGGAUGUCAUAAUUCUAGUAAAACUUCCACCAGUGUUACAUCAGAAGGACUCUUGAUGCAAGAUACCUCUAAGACAGAGUGCUUAAAUCAAACACUUUCAACCAACAAAAGUUGUUAUACAAGUUACAACCCUUACUCCAACCACCUGCUCAACAAAGAACAAAGAAGAAACAGUCUUCAAAGGGAAUCUUUAAUAUUUAUGAAAGGAGUCAUGGAUGAAUGUACUCAUGUAGCCAAUUUUUCAGUUCCAGUUGACCCAAGCCUCAUUAUAGUGGUUCAAGCCAAAGAAGAUGCCUAUAUUCCACGAACAGGAGUUCGAAGUCUACAAGAAAUUUGGCCUGGUUGUGAAAUCCGAUAUCUAGAAGGGGGUCAUAUUAGUGCAUAUCUUUUUAAACAAGGACUCUUCAGACAAGCCAUCUAUGACGCAUUUGAACGCUUCCUCCAUAAGUAUGCUAACUAAUUGGAUCAUUCUAUUGUAAAACAGUACAGCCAUCAAGGUUUCUUACAGAAGGAGUUUUUCAUCCAGUGAUGAUAAGAACAUGCAGAUAAUACUAGUAAUAUAACAAGUUAGUAUGGAAUUCAGUGUUACAGAUCAGUCUAUUAUAAACUUUAAAUAUAUUUCGGUAAUUUAAAAGAAUAUUUCAAUUACAUGUUAAAAUAUUUUGUUAUUUUGAGAAUCCCAUGUAUUCAUUCUUUUCUCUUGUUACUGUUUAUGAAAACUUAAAUUUUUAAUUAUGAACAAUUUAUGAAAAAUAAAUUUAUUCAUAGGAACAACAUUGAUUUGUAAAGGAAUUGCUAAAACAAGUAAGACUGUAAUAUGUAGCCUGUACUGUGACAUUUUGCUAUUCACUUGAUUUGAGAAUUGUGUUUCCUUUCUAGGCAUAUGGCAAGUUUAUAAUCUAGGGUUUGGGGGGGCGGGGGGUUAGCUUUAGCUUUUUUUCCAUAGAAAUUUUUAUGGUAUGUAAAAUUGGAAGUCUUAACAACUACUGAUUUUUUUAGGUAAUUGCUUUUAAUAAUAAAAAUGAAUGCUGAAAUACAUAUAAGAUUACUUAGAAUGGGCUAGACUUCACAUUUUUAUUAGAGACUGGUUUAGAGAGAAACUAGGAAGCUAAGGAUUUAGCUCAUUAGAGUGCUUACCUAGCUGUCUGAAGUUAGCAUUGUCCAAAGAGAGAGAGAGAAAAGCCAAACAUUUCCUCAAGUUUUGGGGCUGGGAAGGUGGCUCAGUG